AUGUCCUCCCCGGGGGAGGCCCUCUCCCUGUCCCCGGAGCAGACGCGGGUCCUGGAGGAGAACUUCCGCGUGUCCAGACACCCGGACCCGGCCUCCGUGAUGCUGAUAGCCGCAGAGUGCGGGCUCACGGAGGACCAGACUCAGGCAGGAAACAACUCAUCAGCAGCUCUGAGCGUCCUCCAGAGGCCCAGAGAGGAUAAAAAAGGCAAAUCCUGA